AUGAGGCUGGAUAAAAAAUUUCAAUUAGGCCGACACCGAUACUUUCUUCUUCCUUCCUUCUUUCUUCCUUCUUCUUCUUCCUUCCUUCUUUCUUCAUUCUUUCUUCCUUCUUCUUCUUCUUCCUUCUUUCUUCCUUCUUCUUCUUCUUCUUCCUUAUUUCUUCCUUCUUCUUCUUCUUCCUUCUUCCUUCUUCUCCUUCCUUCUUCUUCUUCCUUCUUCUAUACUCACGUUUAUCUAUCUAUCUAUCUAUCUAUCUAUCUAUCUAUAAAUCUAUCUUUUUGUGACACCGUGUUUUUAGCGUAUUUCUUUCCGUUCAUUUUUUCUUCGUUUCUCUUUUCUUCGUCUCUCUCCGCCUAUUUUGAACUUUUUUCCCCGCGUCUUCUUUUAUUUCCAUUCUUUCUUUCUUUCUUUCCUUCCUUCCUUCCUUCCUUCUCUUUUUUCUUUAUUUUGAUAGUUCAGUUAUGCUUCAUUUUCAUUUUUCCCCAAUUUUUGCUUGAAUUUUUUGUCUUUCUUCCUCUCCAAUUUUUUCCUUCCUUUUUUAAUCGUUCAUCACAUUUUUCUUUCUUUCUUUCUUUCUUUCUUUCUUAUUAA